AUAAAAAACAAAAGUAUUGCGUUUCAAGUGCAAAUUGCUCAGGAGGUGCUGUUCUCCUCUUCCCCCAACAAGCACCCCUGAGAAUCCCUUUCAAAACCCUUUUUAUUUUGUAAAGAAUCAAAUCAUCAUACUUAUCUAAAAGCUAAAUCAAUUCCGAUUCCAAUUCUACUUUCUAUAUAUUUUUCAUCACCGUUUUGUUUUUCACUCUCUUCUUUCAAUGGCUUCCGAUAGCUUCACUGACAAGACCACCGUUUUCAAAAAGCUCCAGUCCAAGUCCGAAAACAAGUCGUGUUUCGAUUGCAAUGCGAAGAACCCUAACUGGGCGUCUGUUACGUAUGGGAUCUUCCUUUGCAUUGAUUGCUCUGCCGUUCAUCGAAGUCUCGGCGUUCACAUCAGCUUUGUGAGAUCUACGAACUUAGACUCAUGGACUCCUGAGCAACUUAAAAUGAUGAGCUUUGGAGGAAACAAUAGGGCACAGGUUUUCUUUAGGCAGCAUGGUUGGAAUGGUGGUGGUAAAGUAGAAGCAAAGUAUACGUCCAGAGCUGCAGAGUUGUAUAGGCAACUUCUUUCAAAAGAAGUUGCUAAAAGUGUGGCUGAGGAGGUUGGCUUGUCUUCAUCACCUGCUGUUUCUUCUCAGUCUGCCCAAGGGACUAAUGGACUUCCUGAUGUUAGGACAAAUGAAGUACCAAAUAAAAACACUCUGGAGAAGCCAGAAAAGACUGAGAGCACUUCUUCACCUAGAGCUUCAUAUACCGCAGUUUCAAGUACUGUGAAGAAGCCUAUUGUAGGAAAAAAGCCUGGGAAGAGUGGGGGGCUUGGAGCUCGUAAGCUCACUAGAAAGCCAAGCGAGUCUCUCUAUGAGCAGAAGCCUGAAGAACCACCUGCUCCAGUUACAUCCUCGACAAACAAUAAUUUGCCUUCUGGGCCAUCUCUAACAUCUCGGUUUGAGUAUGUAGAAAAUGUUGAAUCAUCUGAGUUGAGUUCUGGUGCUUCAAAUGUAACCGGUCAUGUGUCUGCACCAAAGUCAUCAAGCUUCUUUUCCGACUUUGGAAUGGAUAGUGGCUUUCCAAAGAAAUCUGGGCCAAGCUCCUCAAAAGUGCAAGUUCAGGAAUCUGAUGAAGCAAGAAAAAAGUUCUCAAAUGCUAAAUCUAUUUCUUCAUCCCAAUUUUUUGGAGAUCAGAGCAAGGCGGCAGAUGUGGAAGCUCAAGCUACUUUAUCAAAAUUUUCAGGUUCAAGUUCCAUCUCCAGUGCCGAUCUCUUUGGUGACUCAAGAGAUAACUCCUCUGUUGAUCUUGCUGCUAGUGACCUUAUCAAUCGAAUAUCUUUCCAGGCACAACAGGAUAUCUCGUCCCUUAAGAACAUUGCAGGAGAGACUGGUAAAAAGUUCACCUCUUUUGCAUCCUCCCUGAUGACAGAUCUUCAAGACCGAAUUCUCUGAACUUGUAUGUUCUGUAUUUAAGAGAACCUCUGGUGUUUGCUAAGAUUACAGCCAUUUAUUUUUCAAAUGUAAUAGAAGAGCUCAAUACACAAUUUUUUAUGAACAAAAUAUAAGAUACUUUAAUGUUCAGCUAGGCUUGUCAUUUAGGCUGAUGCUUUUGAUUUUGUAUCCCAUUUACUGUUUUAUGGUUGCUAAAAUGUUUUAAAUGCUUUAUAUUGUAUUUCUUUUAUCGGUCAAUACUAUUAUGUCACAAUCUCAA